AUGGGAGUUUCUAAGUAUAUCCGGAAAAAUGAUGCUGCUGUGAUAGGCUCAAAGACACCCAGGGAUGCAGUCGAUCGAAAGCCGGGUCGAAAAUACUCCACUACCUGGAAUGAGUACAACGAGAUCAGUUACCCGUAUGCCUUGAGAGGCAUGGCUUAUUUGGUAACUAAAACCCACGCGGUUGUUGUGCUAGCUGCUACUCUGGGAGCUCAUCCUUUAAACUGGGAUGACAGAUACAUCACUGGCAUUUGGGCAAUGAAGCUGGGUUCAAGGCAAAUAUUUUGGAACAGCCUUCUAAUGGAUUACAAAUUGAGAGGUUGCAGACCACUACAGGAAUGGGUUGAUGGAAAUUCAACGUCCAUGAGUACGCCAGCAAUUUUAUGUGCCAAAGGCCCCUUGUACAAGCCAGCUUUUCAAAAGAUGCUGCUUAUGUGGAAUCAAACGGAAGUUACAGUAGUUUGACAUGAUCAUCUUGGGUUGAAGUUUUUUGUCUUGUUGUCCGUUAUUAAUAAAACAAGUUCAACCUAUAUAAAAUAUA